CUUCGUUCUCCAGACACUGUUCAAAAUAGCAGUUGAACUUGAGCCCUACGAUCGAGCUCCUUCAGCUUUCUUCCUUGCUUCGUCCAGAAGCAUAUGGUAACCCGUGUGCUUAUGGAUCAUCGAACGAAGCCAUGGAAUCAUUUGUCGUCUUCUAUUAGGGUUCGAUGUUAGUGCAAAGGCAAUAAAUCGUAUUGUUCUUUAUACAUUUGACGUUAUGAAGACUCAGUUUCGUACUUCGGUUGGAUUCUUUUUGGUGUUGCUAAUUUGUUACUGCGCUCGUGUUGAUUCAAAGGUGGAAGAUAGUGCAAACAAUGGUCUAGAUUCGAAAACAGUGAAUAAAGCAAAUGAUGCAAGCAAGGAUACCGGGUCUAAUAAGGAUCUUAAUUCUGUUUCUGCUGGUAAGGAAAAGAAGUAUGAACAUCAAGUAAGCAUCUCAAAGGAGGGUGUUAAGAACAGUGGGGAUAAAAUUAAGAAGGAUCCUGAAAGUAAAACAAUAUCGGAAGAAGGUGCAAAUAAAGUAAAGAAGGACGGUGGUUUAGGCGAAGAAGGAAGGAAUAAGGGAGAGAAAGAAAAGGGGAAGCCGGUAGAUAAUUCAGUUUCAAAGGAAGCAUCUAAGAGUAGUGGGAAGGGCGAAAGUACAGUAUCUUCAGAAUCGAAAAGAAAGGAUGGCUCUUCGGGUGAGGAUUGUGAUUCAUCAAAUAAAUGCACUGAUGAGGGAAAUAAGUUGGUUGCUUGCUUGCGAGUACCGGGAAAUGAUUCUCCUCAACUUUCGUUGCUAAUCCAGAACAAGGGAACAGGUCCUCUUACUGUCAAAAUUUCUGCGCCUGAUUUUAUUCAUCUGGAGAAGAGUGAAGUUCAACUUCAAGAGAAAGAAGAUAAAAAGGUAAAAGUUUCAAUUGGCGAUGGAGGAGAUGGAAAUGCUAUCAUUCUGACUGCUGGUAGCGGCCGUUGUAGUCUUGAUUUUAGGGAUCUGAUUGUGCACAAUAAUGCCAAAGAUUCUGAUAAUGUUUCUAAGUCCUCACGGUUCAGCUACCUCACAAAACCACAUAUUAUUGCAAUUUUAGCUUUUGCUGUAAUUCUGACAAUUGCAGCUGCUUCAGUGUUCAUUAGCAUUCGUCGUAAAAAUUUUGCAAGUAGCAAUUCUAAAUAUCAAAGGCUGGACAUGGAGCUCCCUGUUUCCAUAGGAGGCAAAUCCGUUGCUGACAAUAACGACGGAUGGGAAAACAGUUGGGAUGACAAUUGGGAUGAUGAGACACCACACACACCUUCCUUGCCUGUAACUCCAAGUCUUUCGUCGAAAGGCCUUGCCUCACGACGGUUGAAUAAGGAGGGCUGGAGAGAUUAAUCACCAUUAUUAGCUUCACACAUUCAUACACAUAGAUGAAACCGGUCGAGGGCGAAUCCGGUUAUCUGUGGUUUUCGGUCAGGAUUUCAUUAUACAAGGUAUAUUGGUACACCCAUCUACCCCUUUCUUAAGUACAGCCCUGUCAUUUUAAACCAACAAAGCAUAUGUUUGUUAUUGUAGGUGUAUCCAACUUCUGUAAUUAUUAUCUCCCCUCAAUUUUUCUCUUACAUUUCGCUAUUGAAUUGACGAGGCAUUUGUUGGAUCAGAACCUCAUAUAUAUUUUCUUCUCGUAGAAUAGUUUUUACCAUUUCUAUCAUGGAUACGAGAACAAUUUUUUGCUUUAUUACUUUUA